AUUCAUAAAUCACAUCGUAUUUUCUUUUCUUCCUCUUUGCCAACACCAUUCCAUUUCACCCUUUUCAUCUCUCCCUAUAUUCCUUUCUUUCACUGUAAGAUAAAAAAGCGAAAAACCAUGACUGGUGACGAGGAGUGGGUGGAAGCAGCCAUGAGUGACGAUAACAUGGUGGUGGAGCUGCUGCUACGGCUCAACCAGUCUAACCCGAGGAUGUCGGCUACUUUUAAACAGACGGCUUUGCCACUUGAGUGGAGCGUGCGUCAACGCAGGUCUAAGCCCAUUGCAAUUGACUCCGCCUUCAAACCGGCUUUCAGAGGCAGCCCUACAACGCCACUGUCAUGGAGCGGUGCCACCUCUAUCAGUGGCGGCUGUGUUGGAAGUGCUGGCACAGUUGACGUUAGCCCUGAAGAGUCCAGCCGAUCCUCUGAUCCGAAACUCUCCAAACCCACGAGAUCUGAGGUUAAUGGAACUGGUGAAAAAUCCACAAAGAGGUCAAGAAAGAAGAAGACCUUGGCAGAACUUCAAGUGGAGGAGAACGUGCUUGAUAAGGAACAAGGAGAAUUGGAAAGGGAAAUUGCGGGAUUACGCACAAAUUUGGAGAAACAGAAGGCUACAAAUGAUAGUUUGAAGAGAAUAAUGCUCGAAUUGGCUACUAAAAGAAGAUCUAUGAUUGAAACCGAGAGUCAAUUCCAGCAAAAUUCUGAAGCACGUCAUCAUAUUCCUCCAGUCUUUCCACCAUUUGUCUUAGGCAAUGAUGAUUUGCUGCAAUGCUGUCCUCCAAACGGGCCUUUUGAAGAAAAGGCAGCUUCUCCAUGUGAAGCUAAGUUUGUACUCCCCGAUCUAAAUCUGACUUUGGAGGAAGAAGCAAGCUUUGAGGUUCUUUGUGGAUAGUAAAUCAAAACGUUUUCUAUGCUUGAAUAACAGCUGACCUUGCUUGCUGUAACUAAAUCACAGAAUCAAUUACCUUGAGCACUUUCUAAAAUGCAAUGUGGAAGUCUCUUGUAUGCGAUGGUUAGGAUCUAAUUAUAUUUGUGUAGUUUACUUGUGGAAGAACGUGCUGAAUAUAGUGUAGAGUUUCAAACUCAUUAGAUGCAGGCAAGGUAAUUUUCAUAGCUCCACUCUGUCCAGUUAUUUGAGGCAAAUCUUUCAUUAGAGGCGUGCUCUAUUUCACAAUAGUUGGAGGACCGCGCUGUAAUUUUUUUCCUUUUAAGUUUGUGUCUUUCUGUAAUCACCCCAAGAAAAUUGGCAAGAAUUUUAUAGUUUACAGGCA